AUGACUUUUGCAUUUAAAAACAGACUGACAAAAGAAAAGCAAAAAGUUUCGCUAACAAGGAAGUAGAUUUCUGUCAUAACAAUAAUGGAUUGAGAAGUAAAAUAUUUACAUUCUAAAGGAAUAAGAUUGACGUGAUGGAGAAACAGCACAGACCAGGAACAUUAAAAACAAGGUCAUGCGACUUAGUUCUCGAAAAGUUUUUUGAUGAGUACGUUACAGUUUGGUAUAGGGAACGCUGUAUAUCUCCCACCGUUUAUGAUAAAACUAGAAGAGAGAUCGAUUUUUUAAAAGACAAGACACAUAUCAAAAAGAAGAAAAAUGCAGAAAUUGACGUGAUGGAGAAACAACCCAGACUAGGAUCAUUUCAAACAAAGUCAUACGACUUAAUUCUCGAAAAGUUCUUUGAUGAAUACAUUACAGUUUGGUAUAAGGAACGCUGUAUAUCUGCCGCCGUUUUCGAUAAAGCUAGAAGAGAGAUCGACUUUUUUAAAGACAAGACACAUGUCAAAAUGGAGAAAAAUGCAAAAAAGACGACAGAGGAUAAACCUGACAAUGAAAUGUUGCCAAGUAGUCUACACAGCCGGGGAUAUGCUGAAAUGCGCCCAGAGUUAGGAAGAGACAGAGAUGUGUCUGUAGACGCUGAACGUCAUUUACAGAGUUUGAAACUUCAAAAUAAGGAGCUUGAAGAGAAAAUAAAAGGUUUGAAACAAAAGCUGCAUGAGGUGAGCGUCAGUGCACAGAAUAAGUUAGAGGAGAAAAAUGAAGAGAUUGAUAGACUUAAAAAACGACUUGAAAAUACAAAUAAACGUAAAGUUAGUAUUCAAAAUGACCAAAGUGGUCUGGUGGACAAGUUUAUUGAAUUAUACGACAAUAAUUGGACAGAUGCAUACGACGAGCUAUUGACCCUUAAGAAGGAAGAAAAACAAAUUGCAGCUCUACAUUGGAUAAUAAUGGACUUUUCAACCCGUUCACUACAAGGUCUACAUAGUAUGUAUGGCAUCAAACUUGGUGGAGAAAACUCAGCCGUGCGACGGUAUGCUGUUAAAUGUGCCGAGAUAAGCUGGCUGCUACUAGUUUACAUUCAAAACGUUUCGGUCUCUCAAGACGAAGUGGAUGUUCCAUUUGAUGAAAAUAUUUACAAAACAUACACAAGAAAGGUCGCUGAUUUUAAACAGCCAUCAGUAGAAUUUUGUGUAUGGCCUGCGUUAUUUCAAGACUCUAAUAUUCUGACAAAAGGUAUUGCAGAACCAACAGGAGAUAAAAGAAAGCCGUUGUAUUUGCAAAGAUAA